AUGGCUGCGCUAGCGGCUUCCUCGCUCAAUGGCGUCAAGAUCUACAACUUGUCGUCCGGCAAGACACUGCCUCAAUGGCUAGCCGAGAAAGGUGGCAGUCGCAAGGCACUGGCCAAGGACGAGGACUACCGCCGUCGUGUAGAGUUGUUGCAGGACUUCCACUUCCCUGCUGGCUCCCAGCGCGUGCGCAUGUCAUCGGACGGCAAUUACGUGGUAGCCACGGGGAUGUACGCUCCAUCGGUUAAGGUUUUCGACGUGCGUGACCUGAGUCUCAAGUUUGAGCGCGGGUUGGACGCUGAAGUGGUGCAACUGGAGGUUCUAUCCGCCGACUUUGGCAAGCUCGCAUUCCUGCAGGCAGACCGCUCCGUGGCUUUCCACGCACCAUACGGCACGCACUACAAUAUGCGUAUCCCUAAGUUCGGUCGUGACAUGACGUAUCACCGAAAAAACUGCGAGCUGUACGUCGCAGCAUCAGGUUCCGACGUGUAUCGUAUUAACCUGGACCAAGGCCGCUUCGUGGCUCCGUUAGAACUGCAGUCGCAGUCCUCAGCGGCCAAUGUAGUGCAAUUAAACCCCAUCCAUCAGCUGCUGGGCGUCGGCUGUGACGACGGCGUCGUGGAGAUGUUCGAUUCGAGAAGUCAGCAGCGUGUGGGGAGUCUGGACGUCGCUGCAUAUUUCGCAACCAACUCGAACAAGCAACUGGAAGUCACAGCGUUAAGAUUCGACGACGACGGACUGACGUUUGGCGUCGGCACGUCCGAAGGACAAUGUCUACUGUACGACCUGCGUUCGUCGCGUCCAUUACUGGAGAAGAACCACCAGUACGGCCUCCCCAUUGUGAAUCUGCAGUUCCACGACUACGCACGUAAGGUGAUCUCGUCAGAUGCUAAGGUGAUUAAGAUCUGGGAUCGUCGUGACGGAGCCGUGUUCACGAACGUGGAGACGCCUGCAGAGGUCAAGGAUGUGUGUGUUGUAGAGGGUGCACAGGGCAAGUCCGGUGUGUUGUUGGUAGCUGGAGAACAGGAGCGUGUUAUGAGCUAUUACAUCCCUGAGCUGGGCAUCGCUCCGAAAUGGUGCUCGUUCUUGGAUUCACUAACGGAAGAGCUGGAAGAGGAGGCACAAGCCACAGUAUACGACGACUAUCGCUUCGUCACUCGUGCGGAGAUCGCUACGUUCGGACUGGAUCACUUGGUGGGCACUCCACUACUCAAGGCGUACAUGCACGGUUUCUUCAUGGAUGCUCGACUGUACAACAAGGUCAAGGCUGCGGCCGAUCCGUUCGCGUACGAUGAGUGGCGCAAGAAGAAGCUCAAAGAGAAGGUCGAAGCCAAACAGUCCAACCGUAUCACCAUCCAACGUCGACUGCCCACGAUCAAUCGUGCUACAGCCGAGCGUAUACUGCAGAACGAUGCCAAGCGGAAAAAGAACAGCAAGGAAGGAGAAGAGGAGGACGAGACGGACAAAAGCUUCUCGAAUCCUCUUGGCGACGAUCGUUUCUCGCGUAUGUUUACGUCCUCGGACUUCCAAGUGGAUGAAGAGAGUGACACGUACCGUAUGUUGCAUCCGAAUGCUGCUAACACCAAACAGCGCAAGCAGGAAGACAUGGACAGUGACGCUGGUACAGACGAUGCGGAGGAAGACGAGGUGGGUGGUCGCUUUGCCCGUGUGGACGACAGUGAAGAGGAAGAGAUUGAAGGCCGAGCGAGCGACGAGUCCUCGGACGAAGAGGAAAUUGAGGAACCGAAGCGCGCUGCGCCGAAGGGCAAGCGGAAGCCUGCACCCAAGUUCUACGAGAUCGCAGAAGGCGAGAAGGUGGGCGACCUCAUGGCUUUCGGCUCGUCAAGCGACCGUGCUGCUCAACGCGAGAAGAAGCAGUUGGCCAAGUUGCCGCUUGCUGAGCGGUUGAAAAUGCAGCGUGUCACUGAGAAGGAACGCAGCGCCUUCAAGAAGGAAGAGACGGCAGGUGGAGGCUACAUGCGUGAGAUGUCCUUCGUGCCACAGGCUGAUUUGCGCAAGCAACAGCGUGCACGCGAACGCGCAGCCGGCGACGCGGAUGAUGGCGACGCAGCAUUUGGCAAUGGGAAGCGACGGAAGAAACGCGGCGUGGGCGACCUGAAGCUGUCGAAUCCUGGGCGAGGUCGUUUCCGUAGAUAA